AUGUCUGCCACCGCCGCCUACAGCAACACUGCCAACAAGGACUAUUCCAGUGGGAGCGAGGAUGGACAAGCAGCAGGCAAGCGCAAGGCUCUCGCUACCGUCGGAGGAACAUCAUCACUUCCUCUCCCACCCAGCUCUGACAAUUUGUCACAGCCGGCUGGCGGCCUCCUCAAAGGAGCAACUGAUGAAAACGGCAAUUUGAAGGCUGCUGCAUUGAUGGUCGGUAUCAAGCUCGAUCUCGAAGCCGAGAUCCACUUGACUGCUCGAGUUCGUGGUGAUAUCACGAUCGGUCUGUACUAA